UCUACACCUGUCAUCAAACCGCCGAAUACCUCAGUCGUGCACGAAGACCCACCUCGCAUCGCUUCUUAGCGAUGCGCUCGGCUGACCUUCUUAACCCGUUAGAAGAAUAAUUUCCAUACCGAUGAAGGGUUGUUGACCGCACUGAAUGUCAUCGAGCAAUCGCUUAGACGUGUUCGGCCCCGUCCCCAUGCAUUCGAGCGUGCUUGCUUUUGGCAGCUGGUGCAUGUACAUAGGUAUCGCAGAGAUGCGGAGGGCCAGCCAUGGCAAUGGCACUAGCGAUUUCGAUACAGGCUUCAGUGAAGCAAGGGAGAGCAUGCAUUUAGGAUUCUGGCACAUGCAUCAGGCCAAGGGCUCCAUCAGCUCCAGCUGCGGUCUCAACUGCUUAGGGAUUCAUCUCGCUGCUGACGCUCCAUUGGUCGGAAUUCCUGCCACUGAUGCCGACGUCAAUUCAUAUUCAUGCUUGUGCCGCUGCAUCCCGCUGCGGCGCAUUGCGCUCAAUCCCUGGGAAAAUGACCCACACCUGGUGCAUCAAGCUCGCUCGAGUGGAUUCGAGACACGGCAGAAAACCUUCGAAUGUGAUUACGUGCAGCAGGUGCAGGGCGGGCUGAAUGAGUGGUAGCGCGUCCGUGACUCGAGGGUGGUGGGCAAUUGUGGGAUUCCUCGUAGAAUCCUUUGUUUCCAGGAUUUGCAACGGCUCAGUGGGUACCAUAUCAGCUCCACCUCGAGCGAGUUGUAAGUCUUCGCUCGGAGGAAUACUGCCGAGAGCCAUGUCUUGGAUCCUGAUUCUAGAUUGUGCUCAUCGGGACAGUGUGGGGUACCCAUGGUUAGCGACCUCGGUUGUAGGAAAAAUAAACAAUUGUGCGAUCCGAAUGAGUGGUACAUCGCGAAGAGACU